CUCAUCAUCGCCUCCUCCCACUGCACCCACAGAUCGAGCUCCUUCCCACUCUUUCCCUCAAUCGUCCCAUUGUCUUCUCUUUGAUCCCUCUAAUGGCGUCGCGUGCUAUUCUCCUGUGUGUUUCGCUGGUCCUCGUUUUCGUGGUUGGCUCGGACGCCAAGGACUUCAUCGUUGCCGGCGUCGACGGAUGGAAGGUGCCGGCGCAGCCUGACGCACUCAAUAAAUGGGCGUCGGCCAACCGAUUCCACGCCGGCGACAACCUUGUGUUCAAGUUCAACGGCGCGGCGGACUCGGUGCUGGAGGUGACCCUGGACGACUACAACCGCUGCAGCACGGCCAGCCCCAUCGCCGCCCACAAGACGAGCGACGCCACCGUGAACCUGCCGCGCUCCGGCCCGUUCUACUUCAUCAGCGGCACGCCGGGCAGCUGCCAGAAGGGGGAGCGCCUCAUCGUCGUCGUCAUGUCCGAGAAGCACGGCCGCCGCAGCGGAUCCGCGCCGGUCCCGGCCGCCGCGCCGGCGCCGUCCGCUCUCCCCGCCGGGCUCGCCGAGGUGCCCCCCGCCGCCGCGCCUGCGCCUGCGCCCGCUACAGGUGCGGCCGGGAGGGCGGCCGGCAGCGUUGCCCUGCUUCUUGGCGCUCUCCUCGGAGGCGUGCUCGUUGGGUUCUGAGAUGAAUGUCGAAGUUAAUUAGUAGGUUUAUUUUUAGGGAUCUCGGUCGGUGGAUUCUUUGAUUAGUCUCUAGCUUUGGUCUUGAGCUUAUAGAACAAACAAAUGUGCUUCUUCUGCCCGUAGAAGAAGAGUGCCGUCGGGUGAAUUGAAAGCAUAAAUUGGUAAUGGAUUGAUCCAGAUGAUUGCGUGAGAUUUCAUA